AAAUGGUGUCGAGUUUUCUUUCUUUUUCAGAUUAAAAGAAAACACAAAAACAGUAGGCGUCUGUCUUUUCCGAAAAUGGGGUAUUGGGGGUUCUCACACUCCGCUCGUACCCUCCCAUUUCCACUGUGAAUCUUCCUUCCCUUAAAUGCCUCCCCACCUCCCCCCCGCGGCAGAAAAGAAAACCAAAAAGGGCCGGCGGAAGGGACAAUAAAGAAGAAAGGGAAGUCUCACGCACUCCCACUCCCUCGCCGUCUCCGCCUGCUGCGUUCCAGGAACUCGGUAGCAGACGAGGCGCUCCCAUGGAGGAAAUGAGGCAGCGGGGAGACUAGAGGAGGGAGAAGGGCGCCGUCUUGGGUUUUCAGGUUGGGGCCUCCUUCUGUUGCUUCGUUCUUGGUGGGGGUUCCGGCGACAUGCCGACCGUUCGAUACCUGAUACGGAACGAGUACGGGUUGGCGGAUCCAGAGCUCCACCGAGCCGCCGACAAGGAUGAUCCCGAGGCCAUCCUCGAAGGGGUGGCCAUGGCCGGCCUCGUCGGCGUACUUCGUCAGCUCGGGGAUCUUGCAGAGUUUGCUGCAGAAAUAUUUCGUGACUUGCAUGAAGAAAUUAUGGGAACUGCAGCUAGAAGUCAUGGUUUGACACUUCGCGUCCAGCAGCUUGAGGCAGAGUUUCCAUCAGUUGAGAAGUCUUUUUUAUCUCAGUCUAGUCAUUCGAGUUUUGCUUACAAUGAUGGCAUUGAUUGGCGCUGUACUAUUCAAAUGGAUCAAAACCUGAUCACUCAAGGGGAUAUGCCACGGUUUAUAUUGGACUCAUAUGAAGAAUGCCGUGGACCACCUCAGCUAUUCACCCUGGAUAAAUUUGAUACUGCUGGUGCUGGUGCAUGUUUGAAAAGGUAUUCGGAUCCAUCAUUCUUUAAGAUGGAAUCAGUCUCCUCCGGCUUGUUGGAAACUUAUAUUCCAAAGGAGAAGAAAUCACGUAAGACGAGGAAGAAGGGAUCACGUUGGAGGAAUUGUCAAAGUCUUGAGUCUUUACUGUCGCCACAUGCAAAUUCCAAUUUGCAUCCAACGACUUCUGAUCAGGUUUCAAAUAAAUCUGCCACAAAAUUUAGGAGGUUGAGAUCUAGGAAUUCAAAUGGUACUAGUGGAAGCAUUGGAAUUAACCUGAGGAAGCUUCUUCUUGAACUGCAUUCAGAUAAGCAGAAAGUUGUUUAUGAUAAUUCUGGAAGUCGUUUAAACAUAAAUGUGAAUUUAGUUGAUUCAAGUGAAUUAACUUGUGAAUUGCAUGACACUGUUAUGGAUGUGUCAGCAAACCAUCCAUUAGCAAGAUAUGCAAGUCCUAUCAAGACUCCUACAAAAGAAGUGCCAGUCUUAACAACAUAUGAGUUGGAUUGUUGGAAGGAAGAAGUUGAAGAAUUGUCAGAAGCACAAUAUGAACCAUUUGGUCAAGUACAAAGUCCACAGAGGAUUUUUAACUUCAUGGAAAAAAACGAAAAGCUUGCUGAUUCUGAAAAAAAAUCAGAAGGUAGUGCCUGUGACUAUAAGCUAAGUGAUCUUGAGAAAACCACAUCUCUUCACGUUGUAGAUUAUACAUUGGUAGAGGAUGAACUUAAACUAGAAGGCAGUACUGAUGGCUACAGGAGUGAAGACAUUGGUAGUGAGCUGGAGAAUUUCAUGGAUGCCUUAAACAGCAUGGAGUCGGAAGUAGAAAUGGAUUUUGAAAAUAAAGGCAGGCCAGAUCUUGGUAUUCUGAUAAAGGAAGCCCUUGAGAUGGAUAUUGACACCAGUGAAAGACCAGAGGGGCUGCAAACUAAUAUCUUGAAACCUGGUUCUGCUGAAGUCUCCACAUUAAGGUUGAACAACAUUCAAAAGGGUGGAAUGUCAUGCGUUCCAUACUCAGAUCCAUCAAGUAAUUUAACUGAGAUGCCAGCAACUCAAGAAAAACUAAUUUCCUCAAAUUCUUCUGUGAACUCAGAACUUUGUAAUGAAACCCAUGAUGAAAAUAAAGGCAGACCAGACCUUGGUAUUCUGAGAAAGGAAGCUCAUGAGAUGGAUUUUGACAGCAGUGAGAGACCAGAGGAGAAGCAAUGUGAUAUUUCUGAACCAGAUUCUGCUGAGUUCUCCACUGUGUCAGUAAGGUUGAAUGACAUUCAAAAGAGUGGAAUGUCAAGUGAUGUGUACUCAGAUACUUUGAGUAAUUUAGCUUCAGUGUCAGCAACUCAAGAAGAAGCAGUUUCCUCAAAUUCUUCUGCAAACUCAGAACUCUGUGAUGAAACCCAUGGUGAAAAUAAAGGCGGACCAGAUCUUGAUAUUCUGAGAAAGGAAGCUCAUGAGGCAGAUUUUGACACUUGUAAGAUACCAGAGGAGAAGCAAAGCGAUAUUUCCGAACCAGAUUCUGCUGAAGUCCCCACUGUGUCAGUAAGGUUGAAUGACGUUCAAAAGAGUGGAAUGUCAAGUGAUCCGUCCCCAGAUACUUUGAGUAAUUUAGCUGUGGUAUCAGAAACUCAAGAAGUAGUUUCCUCAAAUUCUUCUGCAAAUUCAGAACUUUGUGAUGAAACCCUUGAUAAAAAUAAAGGCAGACCAGAUCCUGAUGUUCUGAGAAAGGAAGCUCAUGAGAUGGAUUAUGACACCAGUGAGAGACCAGAGGAGAAGCUAAUUGAUAUUUCUGAACCAUAUUCUGCUGAAGUCUUCACUAUGUCAGUAAGGUUGAACAACAUUCAAAAGAGUAGAAUGUCACAUGUUGCAUGCUUAGAUACCUUGAGUAACUUAGCUGUGAUGUCAGCAACUCAAGAAGAAGUUGUUUCCUCAAAUUCUUCUGCAAACUCAGAACUUUGUGAUGUAACCCACGAUGAAAAUAAAGGCAGACUCAAUCUUGAUGUUCUGAGAAAGGAAGCUCAUGAGAUGGAUUUUGAGAGACCAGAGGAGAAGCAAAGUGAUAUUUCUGAACCAGAUUCUGCUGAAGUCUCCACUAUGUCAAUAAGGUUGAACAACAUUCAAAAGAGUGGAAUGUCACGUGUUGCAUGCUUAGAUACCUCGAGUAAUUUAGCUGUGAUGUCAGCAACACAAGAAGAAGUGGUUUCCUCAAAUUCUUCUGCAGACUCAGAAAUUUGUGAUGUAACCCAUGAUGAAAAUAAAGGCAAACCAGAUCUUGAUAUUCUGAGAAAGGAAGUUCAUGAGAUGGAUUUUGACACCACUGAAAGACCAGAGGAUAUGCAAACUGAAAUUUCGGAACCAGGUUCUGCUGGCCUCUCUGCCGUGUCAGUGAACUUGAACAACAUUCCGAAGAGUGGAAUGUCAAGUAUUCCUUACCUAGAUACUUUAAGUAAUUUAGAUGAGAUGCCAGCAACUCAACCGACGGUAGUUUCCUCAAAUUCUUCUAUGAACUCAGAACUUCAUGGUGAGACCAAUGAUAAAAGCUGUGAAGAGAUUUUGCCACAUGAUGAGGUUGUCAAUUCAGCUGAACCCAAGUCUGAUGAAGCUAGCAACAGGAAGACAUUUGAUGGUUUGAAUUUAGAUAUCAAAGAUGAAUCUUGCAGUUCAUUUGUGAUUAAAUCAACUUCUAGUCUCAUUAACAUUGAUCCUAAAGAAAGUUUUGAUGCACAGCAAUUAGUUACUGCUCUCCUGAAUGAUGCUUCAGCUGGUCUUAACGCCAAAGGAACAGAUGAGACAACAAAAUGCUUGGAUGGUUCAACUUACUUGGGAAGCAAUUCUCCUGCAAAACCUCAUCAUGCAGAGCACGUGGAUGAGCCAAUUUUAAAAGACAUGAUGGAGACAUUUGAAAUGCCCAAUGAUCUUUCCUGUUCACCAAUAAGAAGUGUUUCCAUGGAUGAUUUUGGCAAUGAAUAUUCAUUGGUUACCACUGUGCCCACAGCAAAAGAGAUGCAGCAGUCGUUGGAUCAAGAUAUUGAAACUUUUGCCUCAGAAGAAGGUACAGUAACUAAUUCAGGUGGGAGCAGCUUAACAUCCAUCAUCGCCUUUGUCCCUGACACUGGCAUGGAUUUGCAGCAUCACCAAUUAGCUGCAGACACAAACAAUGGUCAGCAUCCUGAAGAAACAAACACAGAAACAUCUUUUGAUUAUAUGAAUGGAACUGAUGGUGUGGCCCAAAAUAUGAAUGGCUCAUCUGUCCAGACUAAAGAUGACAAUGUUUCUGAAAGCCUUCAUCUCACUCAUAAUCCUGUUGAGCAAAUGUCUGAAGAGAUGUCUCUGAGGCCCGACACAUCUGAUCAUCUUUCAGACACGAAGCAUGAGAGUGGUCUUGCAAAAGAUUUUGCAUGUUAUAUUGAAGUUCCCCAACAUCUUUCAAAUGUAACCAUAGGAAAGAGAACAGAUUCGAUGAAUCAAGAUGCAGAAGUAGAUUCAACUGAAACCAUUUUCUCUUCUGUUUCUGCUAUUGUUGCCAUCAAUGAUAAAGAUUGCUUGACGGAAAUGGAAAAUCUAAUUGCUGUUGAAAAUCUAUCUUAUUCAAGAUCAGAAGUUGGCUUCAAAGAUGCUGACAGAGUGGCAGAAAACAAUGUUGAAUUGCCUGAAACACGGCAACUGCAGUUGGAGUUUCUUGCUAACAAAGAGGAAUCUCAAGAGUCCCCCAGGGUUAGCUCAGCAGAGGAAACUCAAGAAUCUUCCAUAAUGAACUCAGAAGAACAGGUGCGUUGGUGUUCUGAAAGUGAAACAAUUUCUAAUAGGGUCAUGAAUUCUCCCAUGUUUUUUCUUGAUCAUUUGAAAUUUCCAAAUGAGUUUAAUCAAGACAACCCUCAGAAGAACAUUCAAGCGAUUGAACAGAUUAUUCACAUUGAUAAUGUGUCAGCUGAAAAUUUUCCGUCUAAAGAUGAAGCUAAAAGUUAUGAUCCUUCCUUGAUGUAUACUCAAGAGGCAUCUGGCCUUCGGUCACAGUUGCUAGAGGAUAGUACUACUAGUACCUCUGUUUCAUAUGGACAUCAACUAAAGACUCAUGAAAUAAAUAGUCCUAAGAAGGUGAAAAUGUUGGGUAAGGCGGACACUCUGAACAUGACAGUUACUUCAGAGGCAGGACAAUCAGCAUUAGACCCUGGUGUUUCAUGCUCUGGAAUGUCUGCUAAACAUUCAUUUAAUGAAAAUGAUGCUGGAUUCCUUGGAGACAUAGGCAUCAUGGUGCCAGCAGAGCAUGUCCAAGCAUAUCUGCAAACUUGUACUCAUGAUGCACAUCUAAAAUAUCCUAUGGAAAGCGAACCAGACCUUGGUUCAAAAUCUUUUGCACAAGGUUGUCAGAGAAGUGAAAAACAUCAGACAACUCUAUUGACCGGCAUUUUAGUAUCUGAUCCUGCAAGUUUACCUGGAGUCUCUAUGUCACAAGCUGGUGAUGAAGUUAAAGUAGAAUCAGAAUCUUUGCAUCACAAGGGUGAAUAUCUUGAGUUUGGCAUUCCUUUUAUUGACAUUGAUGAUAAACCCUCAGAUGGAUAUGAACCAAACUAUCAUGCUUUUGUGAACAAUGGAAAGUACAAUGAUUUGGAUGAGCUGCCAAAUGCAGGCAUGGUCGGUAAACUGUGUACAGAAGCCCUUGUUUCAUCAAAAGGCAGUCCUCCUGAAGUUUCUGCAGGUUAUGCUGUUUCCAAUGUAUUAGAUAUGAUGUUUUCGCUGGUGUCAAGUUCUGAUGUGACUGUUACUGAGAGUGCAUCCAGAUUAUCCCAUGAGCCACAGUCAGAUGAACCAACUUCCAGCUACCCCAUGCAAAAUCCUGAAGAACCACCACUUCCCCCUCUUGAAUGGAGAUCUCAAAAGCUUCCGUUGAGCCCUCUAUUACCAAUUGAAAAUUCAUCUCAAUCUCUGGCUGGAACAAAAACAUUUAUGGCACUAUCGGACAGCAAACCAGCAAACUUACCUACUGCACCACCAUUGGGUUCGUCUGAAUUGCCACCAAUUAUUGUUGAUCAGAUCCAUCAGCAUGUAUCCUUAGGGGAUGCAAUUGUGCAUUCAUUAAAUGCAUCUUCAUCAAUAUCGUCAUCUUCGGAGUAUGAGAUGAGUCGGUGUGCUUGCAACACACAGGAUGGACUAAAAUUAUCUCUCGUAGAUACAUUUACACCAUCUGCAACAAUGGAAAACCAAAUCUCUCAGGAUUCCACAUCACAGGAAGAGAAGAUUCAAGUGAUGUCAGAUAAAAGAUUUCAACUUAGCCAACUGUGGUCAGGAUUAGGGUUGGUGAAACCUCAUUAUUCUGAUCUCAGUCACCUAAAUUUGGAAAAGGAGACAGUCGAGCCUCAGAAUCCUUUCUUGGUUGAAUCUGCUUUAGGAGAUGCUAACCAUCACCGUAAUUAUGGGGGCUUUGGCAGUGUAAAUAUGCACCUUCUAGAGUCAUCAGAGCUCUCAGUCUCUUCAGGUGUUGUACCUGAGCCUAACUUGGUAUAUUCUUUGGAAGGGAAUCAGUCCACCCUCUUUGGUUUUGUACCUACAACAGAAGAUGAUUGGUUUAGUAUUAAACCCUGUUCCAUACGAAACCGUCCCAGAAAUCCACUGAUAGAGGCUGUUGCUGCUCAUGACAGAAGCACGUUAAGGAAGGUACCGGAGCUGGCUAGGCCUUUGAAUGACUCAAAAGCAGAUAAAAAGGAUCCAUUGCUGGAGUCUAAUAUUUUGCAGUUGAGAAAGGUAUCAGAGAUUGUUAAGCCUUCCGAUAAGCCUAAGGCAAAUGAGAGAGAUGCAUUACUGGAGCAGAUAAGAAACAAGUCUUACAGCCUGAAGCCAGCAGUUCUUUCAAAGCCAAACAGUAAGGGUCAUCCAACGAACAUUAAAGUUGCUGCCAUCUUGGAGAAAGCAAAUGCAAUCCGCCAGGUAAUUGCGGGAAGUGAUGAAGAGGACGGUGGAGAUAGCUGGAGUGAUUGUUGAGUACCAACUGUUUCCUGUAAAUUGUUGUGCUCUCCUAGAUGAGGUAUGCUCGUUUUGUACAUCAUGUGGCUUGAUUCUGCAAGAUGUAGUUGCACGAGAGCAUGGAUAUAUUAAUGUCAGCAAGUCUACUUAAGCUUCAACGUAAUGCUGACAGGAGGCCCUUAUUCCACUCAAAUUAUACUAUCAUGUAUAUAGUAUAUACUAUUCCCUUUCUUUUGUUCUA